AUGCUCAUGACAUCAGGUUCACAUGGCCUCUGCCAGCGACCUGCUUGUGUGUGUGCGACUGACGGCUCGUCCAAAGAGUCGGCGGCCGCCUGGCCUGUUUCUGGCCAGGGUGGCGAGGUGCUGGCUGCGGGGCUGUCCUCCGAGGACCAGUCCUCCUACGUUGCGGAGUUGUGUGGGCUGGCGACAGUGCUCGAGGCGGCGGUGCUGGCUUUGAGAGAUGUCGCCUUCACAAGGCUGGUGGUGCUUUGCGACUGUAAGGCGGCUCUCCAAGUGGUGAGCCCUAGUCACAAGGGCGAGGGCAUGGUCUUUUCCCGCCGCAUCGUCGCGGCCCUAGAUGCACUGAGACUCCGGAUCCUGGUUGACCUCGUCUGCCCAGCGUAUGGCCGAGAGGCGGCGACGGACUGGCAACUUCCCGCUAGGGUCUCUGAAGCUUUAGCUCGACGACCCGACCAGGAGGCCGACAGUAUCGCUACAGACCGACCUUGCCAG